UCGAAUCGAAUCAUACAUCGAAUCGAAUCAAAAUCGUCGUUGCCUUUAUUUUACCAAAAAGGCGCUUCGUCUCGUCCAAACUUCCUCUCUCGACGCGUUGACGAAGACAACUCCAGGCAUCAAACGACGACAGAGUUCAAGGGAAAGCCACUCGAUCCAUAGUGUUGAUCCACAUCAUCAUCAUUCAGUGAGCAGUGCGAACAGUAUCGGAAAGUCACCCAUCACGAGUCACGAAGCUUCUUCAUCAUGUGGCGUUCGACAAAUGAUCUUCUCGUCGCUUUAUUUUGGAUCGUUGCUCUCUGCCUUGCUUUCGGUCUUCACGCCAUUCGACGUCGCUCCAAGAAGGAAGUCAAUGACGGCAAGAAGAACGGCAAUUCCGGUAAAGCGGAAAUUGAAGGAAAGCCCCUUCCUUCGGCUGGUUCGCAGGACUACCUCCCUUCGAAUGAUCUCCCGCAUGAAGAGCUCAUUCUUCGGGAAUCAAAGGACGAAAUUGACGUUGUCAACACUAAAGCAGAAAUUGAUACGACGCCAUGUCCUUCGGCUGGUUCGAAGGACGACCUCCCUUCGAAUCUCUCGCAAGCAGAGCUCAAUUGCGAUCUGGAAAAAUACGUCGCCCUUCUCAAGUCGGAAAUCAAGGACUUGCAGUCGGCAAACAACGCCUUGCAGAAAGAGAACGACGAUCUCAAGCUUGAGCCGAGAAGCUCUUCCAGAGAUGUUCUACUCCGUGCUCGCAUCAAGGCUGCAAUUGAAAUGCGGCGCAGCCGGCGAAAGAAGAGUGUCGGGAGCGACGAUUCUGUGACCUCGAGCAGUUACAUUUUCUUGGAUACCGGUACGGGUGACCGUUUAAUCGAUAUCGGGACGCUGGAGGGGUCUAUCCUUUUUGCCAGUAGCUACCGGUAGCUCGUUGGGCAACGAAGGGCAGUACGGUAGGGUGCUGGGGCGAAAUGACGGGGCAUGCACCGCUACAAAUGAUGGUAUUUGCUCCUCUCGGACUCUAGCUGCUAGCAACAACUCUUUUCUCGAAGACCCUCUAGACUUGUGGCAAUGUUGAUAACAAUAGCAGAACUUGAGUUAGUUGUCUCGUACCCGUCCUGGUACCAAUAUUGCCACGAUCAAUCCGACUCCACAGUCUGCCGCUCGCCUUGGUUGUGGCGACAAUUGUAUUGAUGAGACGGCGACAC